AUGCUCCACGUCUGGCUGCCGUCCGGGGAGGAGCUGGCAAGCGUACCUGCUGAGAACUUGACUGAUGUGAAGAGCUUGAAGCAACACCUACACAGCCUUUGCGGCCUGCCACGGUUCAGACAGCGGCUCUUGUGUGAGAGAGAUCCUGUCGAUGACCAUGCGAGCUUGCAUGUGCCCAUGGAUGUCCAGCUAAUCUUGCUCCCCUUUGCAGAGGCUACCCUGGAGCAGAGGAACGAAAUGACGUCGGCGGCUUCCUGGGCGGAUCCUGUCUGGAUGGAGGAGUUGCUACAGCGUCCCCAGGACCCCUCGUUGCCCGACUUUGGGCAGAGAAUACCUCUGCAUAUGGCAUGCCACUACGGCCACAUGCUGCUGCUUGAGGCACAAGCUGACAAGAAUUCCACAGACAUCUCGGGCACAACGGCGCUCCAUGUGGCAGCGGGAGGCAGCCACGCAGACACCGUGCGUGUCUUGCUCGAAGCCCGCGUGGACCACGGCAAGGUUGAUGGGGAAGAGCGCACGGCGCUGCACACGGCCUGCAUGAGUGGCCACGUGCAUGUGGUGCGGUUGCUGGUCGAUGUUGGAUCUGACACGGAGGCUUUGGACGGGAAAGGCAAGAGCCCGCUCCACCACGCGUGCAUCCGGGGAGGGCAUGUGGCGGCCAUGCGGUUUUUGUUAGAAGCCAGAGCCGUGAUGGAUGCUGUUGAUGGCGAGGGCCAGACGCCUCUGCAUCUCGCAUCCGGCAAUGGCCUGGUGGAAAACGUGCGUUUGCUUCUCGAGGCUGGUGCGGAUAAGAACAAAGCAGACAAGGCGGGCAGCACUCCCCUGCAUUGGGCGUGCAAGCAGGCGCCGUAUGCAGUGGCGCGUUUGCUGGUGGGGGCUGGUGCUAGCAAGAACCUGGCUGACGAGGACGGCCAGAUGCCCUUAGACUAUGCUUUAACAAGGAAGCAGCGCGUACCCAAGCUUGAGCUGCUUCUGUCGGAGGCGUCUGUGUGCGAUUGA